GCGGGGGGGUCCCUCCCUCCCUCCCACCCGGGGCCCAACGCGCCGCCUCCAUCUUGUGCCGCCGCCGCCGCCGCCGCCGUCGCGACAUCACCGGCCCCGGGACAGGCCCCGCCUCCGCCUGCUCCUUCAACACCGCCCGCGGCAGGACGGGGCCCCGUGACGUCACUCCCAGCCCAGCCAAUGAGCAUCCAGGAGGCCUGGCCGGCUGUGACCCCCCCCCGAGGACCCCCGGAGCUGCAACACCCAGUCCAUGAGGGCCCCGCGCACAGGUGGCCGGCGCGGGGAUGGCUCCGGUCGUGGAGGUGUCGGACGCCGGGCACUGCCGGGCGCUGCUGCUGGAGCUGAACGAGCAGCGCCUGCGGGGGCAGUUCUGCGACGUCACCAUCAUCGCCGAGGACACCAAAUUCCGCGCCCAUAAAAACGUCCUGGCCGCCUCCAGCCCCUUCUUCAAGCGGGCGCUGGCCCAGGAGCCCACCUGCCCCUCGCCCGCCCAGGUGCUGGAGCUGCCGGGCGUCCAGGCCGGCGUCUUCUCCGACGUCCUCAACUUCAUCUACAACUCGCGCCUGGCCGUGCCCUCGCCGGCGGCCGCCGGGGCGCUGGGGGCCGUGGGCCGGCGCCUCGGCAUCCCCUCGCUGCAGGGCCUGGAGGCCGGGCCCCCCGCUCCUCCUCCUCCGCCUCCUCCGCCUCCUCCUCCUCCUCCUCCUCCUCCUCCUCCUCCUCCUCCUGCUCCUCCGCGGGACAUGAACGGCACCUGGAGCCCCCCCGCGCCCGCCGCCGAGCUCACCUGCGCGGCGCAGGAGGGCGAGGAGGCGGCGGCGGCGGCGCCGUCGUCGCCGUCGUCGCUGCGGUGCGGGCUGUGCGGGCGCGGCUUCGGCUCGGCGGCGGCGCUGGGCUUCCACGCCAAGCUGCACCGCGGGCGCCGCGGGCUGUGCUGCCGGCACUGCGGCAAGAGCUUCAUCCACGUCAAGCGCCUGCAGACGCACGAGGUCGGCUGUCGCGACGGCGACGGCGACGCCACCGGCAGCGCCGGCGCGGAUGUCACCGUCACCACUGCCGCCGUCACCGCGACCAACGCGGCGGCGGUGGCGGCGGCGGCGCCGAGGGCGGCCAAGAAGGCGCUGCUGCUGCGGCACCGCGCGCUGGAGCCGGGCGCGGAGCAGGAGCCGCUGGUCAAGGUGGUGGACGGGCAGGUGCUGUACCUGUGCGGGGUGUGCCAGCGCUCCUACAUGACCCUGUCCAGCCUGAAGCGCCACGCCAACGUCCACUCGUGGCGCCGCAAGUACCCGUGCCGCUACUGCGACAAGGUGUUCGCGCUGGCCGAGUACCGCACCAAGCACGAGGUGUGGCACACGGGCGAGCGCCGCUACCAGUGCAUCUUCUGCUGGGACACCUUCGUCACCUACUACAACCUCAAGACGCACCAAAAAGCCUUCCACGGCAUCAGCCCGGGGCUCAUCGCCUCCGAGAAGACGCCCAACGGCGGCUACCGGCCCAAGCUCAACGCGCUCAAGCUCUACCGCCUGCUGCCCAUGCGGGCCAACAAGCGGCCCUACAAGACCUACAGCCAGGGCGCCAUGCCCGACGGGGCCGCGCCGGCGCCGGCGGCCGCGCCGGGGGACGCCGGGGUCACCGCCUACCCGCCGGCGGCGCCGCCGCGGCCGGAGCCCGCCUCGGUCAUCGCCUUCGGCCGCGUGGCGCCGCCCUCGGUCAUCGUGCGCGGCGGCGGCGGCAGCGGCGCCGCCUCGGUCAUCGCCUACAACGGCCGGGCGGGCGAGGAGGCGCCGGGAGCGGCCGAGGCGCCGGCGGCGGCGCCGGUGACGCCGGCGGUGCCCAUCAAGAAGCAGGUGCUGCGCGAGUACAUCGAGGCGCAGCGCGCCGCCGCCGAGGAGGGCGCGACUGCGGCCGCCGCCGCGCCCCAGAACGCCUCCGGCGGCGGCCGCACCAUGACCUACGUGGCCAAGCCGGCCUACGCGGGCUCGGCGGGCGAGGGGCUGUGCCAGAUCACCGUGCGCAUUGGCGAGGAGGCCAUCGUCAAGCGCCGCAUCUCCGGCACCGACCUGCGCGGCGACGGCGCCGGGGAGCGCCGCGGCGACAACGACAGCGACGCCGAGGACCGGCUCUGGCGGCCCUACUACUCCUACAAGCCCAAGAGGAAGGCGGGCGGCAGCGCCGGCGCCGUCCCCGGCGUCACCAAGAAGGCGCGGUGGCGGCGCAAGCUGCGCUCGCUGCGGCGGGCGCCGGGGGAUGAGGCCGGCGGUGACAAUGACAAUGACAAUGACAAUGGCGGCGGCGGCGGCAACGCCAAGCACGGGGACGCGGCGCGGCGCCGGGAGCGGCAGCACCCGUGCCGGGUGUGCGGGAAGAGCUUCCCGGCGCUGCGGAAGCUGCGGAAGCACCAGCGGGGACACGAGGGCGGCGCCGCGGUGACGUCGUCGUCGUCGUCGGCGGUGGGGACGUCGUCGUCGUCGUCGUUGGGCCGCGUGGGGCGGCGGCCGUCGCUGCGCUUCACCUGCCCCACCUGCGCCAAGGUGUGCAAGACGGCGGCCGCGCUCAGCCGCCACGCCCAGCGGCACCGGCGGCGCUCGCCGGGCUCGCCGCGGGGGUCAGCAGAGGGGUCAGCAGAGGGGUCACCGCCGGGGUCACCACCGGGGUCACCAAGGUCACCACCGGGGUCACCAAGGUCACCGCCGGGGUCACUGCCGGGGUCACCGCCGGGGUCACCGCCGGGGUCACCGGCGCCUCCCACGGUCAUCGCCUACACCCCGCCGGCCGCAGAUAAAGGGGGGGUCCCGGUGUCCCCCGCUGUCACCGGCGCGGCGCCGCCGCCACCACCACCCCCCACGGGUGACACCGGCGGGGCUGACGUCACGGGUGACGUCACGGGUGACACCCCCGGGGGGGGGUUCCCGGUGCAGGAGCAGCCGCUGGCUCUGCUCUGCCGGGCCGCGGGGGGAGGGGACCCCGAGCUCGGGGACAGCGCCGGGGGUGGGGGGGGGGUGGGGACACCGCGGGGGGGUCCUCGCGCCGCCCCUCCCCCCCCGGCCCCUCCCCCCCCCCGGCCCGUUCCCGUUGCCCUUCGGGCCCCGCCUGUUUUGGGUUCCCCGCUGGGGGAGGGGAACGGCCCCGCAAAGCGGGGGGGGGGCACCUGA